AUGUCUCAGGCACGACAUCGUCUGGAAUGCGUGCAUGCGCACGGCUUUCUGAGUAGCGCAGGAACGCAGCAGACAUGGAGAGAGAAGAAAGAAGAAAAGCCGUCGCCGCUUGUCGAGAUGACGCGCCAGACGGGAAAAAUGCACAACAAACAAGACGUCUCCCGAGGACGACGACGGGAUCGCGAGAUCACCACAUCACGAGCCUGCUGUCUGACGGUGCUCUCGCUCCCAUUGACACGCAUCAGCAGCCUGCACCGGCCACAAGGCGACAAGCAUGUUGUCGAGAGGACGCAACGAAGACGACAGAUCCCGGCCCAACGUCGCGCGUGGCCGUGA